AUGCAGGAGGAGCAGCUCGAGGCAUUGCAGGCGGAGGAGCAGAAGAAUCUCUGCUUCGAGUGGGAGCGCACGGGGCGGUGCCGCCGCAACGGGUGCCGUUUUGACCACCCCGCGCCAAAGCCGGAGGACGCCAAGGAGGUCGAGGCCAAGGAGUCGCAAUGGGGAAAUGGCUGGAGCUGGGGCGAUGGCUGGGCAGAAGGAUCCUGGUCUUCUGCGCCUUUGGGCGCGGUGCACGGGCACACGUCCAGGGCAGAGCUGGAAAAGGGCCGCCGCGAGAAGAAGGAAGCAUGGGCGCAAGAGAAGAACAAGCGCCAGGCCAUGCAGGACAUGAAGCGGCUGGCCAAUAUGGAUGCGCGGGUCGUGCUGGCCAGGCGCAUGCGGGAGCUGAUUUCCAAGGCGCUGAACCUGGGCGCGGAGUACGCGGAAGCCAAGGGCGAGGUCGAGGACGUCACAGACCUGGAGGCCGCGGCUUUGGCGCAGCUGCGGGCCUGGGGCUUCAAGGCCUCCGCCGCCGACGCGGCGCUGCUGGCGGCGAGGGACGCCGGCGGCUUCGGGGACGAAGCCGCGGACGAAGCGGCGGAGCGCUUGCGGGUCUGGCUGUGCUUGCACUUGCCGGAGCACGAGCUGCCAGAAGCUUUCGCCGCUGGCAAGGGCCAAUUCGAGGUGAAGGCGGGGCGCGGCGCCGCCCCGGGCGCGGCGGAGGUGGCCGCGACCGCGCCGGAGACGGCCGCGGCGGCGAGGCGCAGGGAGUUCUUCGGGUGGGUCCGCGAGGCUUUGGACGCAGCGAUGGAGGACGAAUCUGCGGCGGAGGCGAUGUUCGCGUCGGUGGAGGUGGUGCUGGAGGAUGAUCCCGGCAGAACGGAGGAGGAGGAGCAGGAGGCGCUAGACAGUGCGCUGGAGCUCAUGUCGGCGGAAGGGGUCCAGGAACCCACCUUAGAGGAGAUGCGGACCCGCUGGGGCGCCCUCCGCGCCCUGGCGGCCGCCGAGGCCUCGGCGGUCGCGGAGGAGGCGGAGGCGGAGGCGGAGGCGAGCGAUGGUUCGGAGGCGCUGGGGGACCACGAGGAGCCGGAGGUUGUGGCGGAGGUGGAGGCGCCGAGGCCCAAGCCGAAGGGUGGGACCUGGUUCGGCUGGAAGGCGGACGCUGCGCCCAAAGAGGUCGCCGCGUGGAAGGCAAGUGGCAAGGGCCAGAAGAUGCAGAAGGCCCGGGAAGCCCUGCCAGCCUUCAAGGUCAAGGAGGAGCUGCGCCAACUGCUGAGCUCCAACCAGGUGCUGCUGAUCCACGGUGAGACGGGCAGCGGCAAAACCACCCAGGUAGGUCAGUACCUCCUGGACAGCGACACCGCCACUCCUCCACGGGUAGUGGUGACGCAGCCCCGGCGCUUCGCUGCGGUUUCUGUGGCGCGGCGGGUGGCGGAGGAGCGGGGCGAGGUGGUGGGCGAAAACUCCGUGGGGUACAUGGUGCGGGGGGACACCAAGAUGCGCUACGACCGGUGCCAGCUGCUCUUCUGCACUUUGGGGGUGCUGCUGCGAAGGCUCAUCGCUCAGGGCGAGGAGGAGAUGUUCCGAACCCAGGACAUGACGCAUUUGGUGCUGGACGAGGUGCACGAGAGGAGUCUAGACAUGGACUUUGUGCUUACGCUGCUGCACCACAUCCUGCCCAAGAGGCCCAAGCUCAAGGUGCUGCUGAUGAGUGCCACCAUGGACGUGCAGAGUCUGGCAAGGCUCUUCAGCCAGAAGCCGCCGGUGCUCAAGAUACCUGGGCGAACCUUCCCGGUGGAGGUGAUGCACCUCGAGGAGGUCGAGGACCUCCUGGGCAGCACGUACCAGUGGAGCGCCAGCGCCGGGAAAGGCUGGGAGGGCAGCGAGGCGAACGAGAGGGGCGACCGCAAGCGCGAUGCUCGGCCGGGACCCAUGGACUACGCGCUGCUGGCGGACUUCAUCUUAACCCUCGCGGAUGGCGGCCAGGCAAAGCCCUGGCCGGAGGGCGCCAUCCUCGUCUUCAUGCCUGGCGCUGGCGAGAUCUCGCGAUUGAUCAGCACCUUGGAAAGGAAGGGCGGCCGCAACGUCAAAGCCUUACCUCUGCACGGCUCUCUGUCAGGCGAGCAGCAGCGAAGAUGCUUCGAGGUGUACCCUGCUUCAGGGCCUCGCAAAGUCAUCGUGUCGACCAACGUUGCGGAAACUUCCGUCACACUGCCAGACGUGACGAUCGUGGUGGACACGUGCCGUGAACGACGCCUCACCCGCGACCACGACCACACGUCCCUGGCCCCUGCACUCUUGGAGCGGUUCUGUGCCAAGGACUCCCUGCAGCAGCGCCGGGGCCGCGCCGGCCGGGUGCAGAAGGGCGUGUGCUUCAGGCCGAGAAGCUGCCGGAGGCCACGGCGCCGGAGAUCGAAGCUCUGCCCUUGGAGACGCUGGUUCUCCAGGUGCAGGCGGCGGGCUUCGCUCCCGAGGCCUUCCUCCGGGACGCGCCUACGCCCCCCGAGGCACAGGUGGUGGCCCAAGCGCGCCAUGAGCUGCGGCGCAUGGGCGCACUCUCCCUCAGUGACGGCGAAGACGCGGUCACCGCUUUGGGCCGUCACCUGGCAGCGCUGCCCUGCGACGUGCGGGUGGGGAGGCUGGUGGUGCUAG